GAAGCUUAGGGAACUGCGUUUUUCCUCGUUCAUAUUUCUAUAUAAUUGUUUUCCUCUUUGGUCAAAAAUGGUAGAAGUAGAGGAAGAUUCACAGUUGGGGUUUGAAUCUGAAGAAGAGGAUAGUGAAUUGUCCGAUGGCGAGCUCGAAGCCGCCUUCGAAAAAGGGCUACUAAAGCCCGGUUUAAAUGUCCCACAGGAGGAGCCUAAGAAGGCUGUGAACAAUGUGGAUGGCUUGAAGCAGUGCUUGGCAGACUUCAAGAAGACUCUCCCAUGGGUUGAAAGGUUAGACUUAACCAACGUUCCUGCUGCCGACAUUGUGGCCAAAGCUGAGGGUAGGCAAAUCACACCAGGUGAAGAAAUCAACGCUGAAGACGACUUCCAGAGGGAAAUGUAUUUCUAUCGACAGGCCCAGGCGACUGUUUUGGAAGCUUUGCCAAAAUUGCUGAAGCUGCAGAUUCCCACGAGGCGCCCAGAGGAUUACUUUGCGGAAAUGGCAAAGACAGACCAACACAUGCAAAAGAUCAGACAGAAGCUUAUCCUCAAACAGACAGCGAUGGAGAAGUCAGAAAAAGCCAAGAAACUAAGAGAACAGCGGAAGUACGGCAAAAAGGUUCAAGUUGAGGUCCUUCAGAAGAGGCAGAAAGAGAAGAAAGCUAUGAUGUCGGCUGUGAAAAAAUAUCAGAAAGGAAUGACGGACAAACUGGACUUCCUGGAGGGAGAUCAGGAGAAGGGGAAGAAAGACAGCGCUAUGCCAAAGACACAGAUGAAUAAGAGAGGUCCUAAUGCUAAGAGGAAGUUUAAGGACCAGAAAUUUGGCUUUGGGGGAAAGAAGAAGGGCUCUAAGUGGAACACGAAGGAGAGCUUCAACGACGUGUCAGGAUUCCGUGCUAAAGUGGCCCACGGUAAAGGAGGCAAGCAGUCUGGCAAGGGGAAGAAGCAGAAAGGCAGUAAACGACCGGGCAAGGAGGCCAGGCGAAAAAUGAAGGGUAGAAAGUGAUCCGUGUCGUGAUAAAGACAUGCACGGACACAGAGCGGUGUUGCCAAUGGACUUCUUUCGUUUUGUCACAAACUGGGAGGGCCUAUGUUCUGCCCUCCCUCUCUGUCCCUUUUUCUUUAUACAAACCCACAGGAACGAGUGUGGGGCUCUUGCAAAGAGACAAUGCUGAUUUGAUUUUUUUGUGGCCAGAGAGCUUCAUACAGUGGCUUUAAAAGGCAUGGGCAUAUCAGUCAUAUAAUAAUCUUCCUAGGAGUCUUUGGAAGAUGAUGAUGUGUGGCUCAUUGUAACUGAAGUCUCCUCAUACUUGACCUUUGAGUGAAGCCAGAAUUUACUUUUGUUCAGAAAAAUACCAGAAAUUCCCAGAACCCCCUCCACCCCAAACUUUAUCCAUUGUUAAGGGCGUGAAGACAUUUUUCUGUUUGUUUCUUUGCGUCACAAGGUCAUCCUUAAUGAUUGUGGUAUCUAGAGAAGUCAUCCUCUACGGUGUAUUAUCCUUUUUGUACAUUGAAAGGAAAUGGAUUUUGAUCAUUAAAUAUUUUAAAUAAUGUGUAAUUUGGGUAAUCUUUUAUUGACCAUUAAAUUUUUCUAAUAUGUAAUUUAAGGAAGCCUUUAUUGUGCGGUGCAAAUCAGGAUUGAUGAUCUGUACUUCCUAAGUCGAUACUGCUUACAUAAUAUAAAUUAAUUUAGGGUUUGAUUUGACAUAAGCUAAGUGAGUAUUUACUUAAGUUUCAUUCGCCCCUUUGAAUUAGGAGCGCGUUGCGAUCUCUCUGAUCAAUUCAGCGCUUGUCAACGGCAGCAGAUGAGAAUUAAUAUUCACACAAGCCUAGCGGAGGCCUGAGCUAAUUGGUUUAGCCGCCCACUUGCCCUGUUUGAAGACUGUCUCUGACACACUUUAUAUGCCAGCUGCGUCUCCCGUAGCGACGGGAUGAAUUUAUGAGGUGAUAAUUUGGGGAAACAUAAUCACUGUGUGAAUGCGCAGGUGGGAGUAAUGUGGCGAUCGUUCUGAUGAUUUGAGAGGGUUAGCUUGUGGAAAGACGGGAAAAGGGUGAAAACCGCGCAGAAGUUUACGUGACAGGCACGGCAUGUAUAGUUCCUUUAAAUUGAGUCACCAUUUGAAAUGAUGGUCGGUGUACGGUAAAGGAGGGAUGAGCCUGUAGUUUAUUUCACUGUUUAUCAUCGCUUCAGGAACCUACCUGUCGAAGAAUAAGACUUUCCUGGAAACACUGCCGCACAAGGGGGAAAAAAAUCCAAGACCGGUUUCAUUUUUUGCCCUUAAAGUAUCACUUGACUGUACUUGCAAGAGCCAUUGUAUACACAUAAACCCGUUCAGGCUCGAACCUCAUUAACAUUAGUCAUAGUGUAGAAAUGGAUUCAACAUGCAUUGUGUUUUGAUUCAAUGAAAGCAUGUUUAUUAAACUGGCCUCAGAAGUCCUAAACUCAAAAGAUUAAAGAACAAAUAUGAAGAGCCUGUGUAUCACAAAUAACCGUCUCACCAUUAAUGGAGUCCACCACAGAGAAACAAUUACAUUUCCAUUUGAAAGUCACGAACCUG